AUGGCCACAAGAGCAACGCCAAGGAUUCUGCUCCACUCCUGCAGUGGAGGUCCAGAUGAUUGGACUCCCAUCCUCCAUCGCUUGAAGGUCCCCUUUCGCAACGAGAUCCGAUUUGUGGUGCCGUGCGCACCCUUACGGAGAGAGGCGCACCACUCGUGGAGAGGCGAAAUGAAUUCGUGGUUUGAGUAUGCAGAGGAUGGAGACAGUGCAAAGGACCCCCAGGAGCUGACGGACCAAAUUGAACGGAUUCAGCAGUUGAUGGAGGAAGAAAUUGCCAGACUACCAGGCGAGGACCCAAAGCGUCUACUGCUGGGCGGCUUUUCGCAGGGUGUGGCGUUGGUGGUCGAAGCCGCCGUCUCCUUCAGCACCAAGAGCUCGCCCCUGCUCCUGCUGCGGGGGGCGGCCCUGGGCUCCGGCCGGAGCGCGCCGGAGGAGGAGCUGGCCGCAAUGAAGGUUUUAGCGCACCAUGGCCGUUGGGAUCGCAUGUGUCCGCCGGAGACUGCCCUGGAGAGUUACCAGCGUCGUCUCGCGGGGGCGCAGCUGCGAUGGCUGGUGGAUGAGAACUUGGGACAUGCCUGCGCCAGGGGCAGGUGGGAGGAGCUCG